UGUUUGUACUUUCAAUCAUUCCAAAUCUCAUAAUUCUCCAUCCAUCCCUCUUACCAUUUACUCCAUCACCAUCACUGUCAUCUACAACGAUCAAUUCUUACGGCAAUCAUGCGCUUCACAGGCGUACGCUUAACGGCCGCAUCUUUGCUGUUGAUCAGUAUUGCCUUGGCUUUGGCAAGUGUUUCAACAGCAUUGGCACAAGAAAAUGCUCAAGUUCCAUUGGAUGGCGAAGAUGGUGGUACACUUUCAGCUGCCGAAUUACUGAAGAAAGGAACUGCUUCUAUGACAAGAGGUAAAUUCGCAGAUGCAAUCGAUCAUUUCGAUCAAGCAAUCGAACAAGAUCCAAAGAACUAUUUGAGUUAUUAUAGACGUGCAACUGCAUCUUUAUCAUUGGGACGUUCAUCUUCUGCUUUGGCAGAUUUCGAUAAGAUUAUCACUCUCAAUCCAUCAUUUGCACAAGCGCACUUUCAAAGAGCAAGCUUGUUAACCAAAGAAGGUGAUUUAGAAGAAGCAAAGAGCUCGAUCAAAGAGUACCUGAAGCUCAAGAAGGACGAUGAGGAAGCCAAAGAACUUCAAAAGACCAUCGAUGCUACUCAAUCCACUUUAAAGUCUCUGCGUAAGACAAAGGAAGCUGUCGAUAAGUCCAUAAAGGCAGGAAAAGAUGCAAAGAAGGAUAGUAGUCUGGCAGCUAAAUUGGACGACUGCAUCCGAUUUGCUGGACAAAUCCUAGAAGCUUCCCCUACAUUGCUGGAAGCACGAAGAGCCAGGGCAGAUUGUGCACUGUACAAGGGUGAAGUGCAAGAUGCAAUGGCCGACUGGACACGUAUUGCGAACUUAUCACCAUCUCCAUCCUUGCUUUUGAGACUUUCUUCGCUAUCCUAUUUCGUCUUUGGUGAGCAAGAAUCGCAAGGACGUGAAGCAGGAUUGGCUCAUCUGAAAGCAUGCUUGAACUCUGACCCGGACAAUAAACGUUGUGCCAAAGCACAUCGCAGGCUAAGGAAUAUCGAAAAAGCACUCAAGAAAGCCAAGAACUUCUCCGAUGCAAACAGCUGGAGAGCGAUGUUGAGUGCCCUUAAAGGAGCAAAAGUAGGCGGUCCAACGGUGAUGCAAGAGGUGCAAAAGGCAAUCGAAGAUGAUCUCAAAGUGGUGGAAGGAGAUCAGGAAAGCGUUCUACCUGCUUCCCUGCAUGAUGCCGUUCAACAGAGUGCAUUACUCUUCGAAUUGAAUGAGCUUCACUGCAGAGCGCAUACGGAAUUGGAAGAGAUUAAGAAAGCGAUGCCAUACUGUAACAAGGUUUUGGAAAGAGAUGAAGAUAAUCGCUACGGACGAGUGGCUCGCGCAGAGCAACAUAUGGAAGCCGAUGAGUUUGAAGAAGCAGUUCGAGAUCUCCGCAAAGCAUUUGAAGCCUCCAAUAAACAGGAUCAAAAGAUUCAUGCCAAAUUACAAAAAGCUGAAAAGAAGUUGAAAUUAAGCAAGAGUAAGGAUUACUACAAAGUCUUGGGCGUACCUAAGAACGUAGACGAAAAGGCAUUAAAGAAAGCUUAUCGAGCCAAAGCACGGGAGAAUCACCCGGAUAAAGGAGGUUCACCUGAAAAGAUGGCAGAGAUCAAUGAAGCGUUUGAUGUUCUCAAAGAUCCUGAAUUACGUGCAAGAUUUGAUGCAGGUGAUGAUCCAAACGAUCCAAUGGGAGGUCAUCAAGGCGGAGCAGGAAAUCCGUUCGCACAAGGGUUCGGAGGCCAACAAUUCUUCUUCCAACAAGGUGGAUUCCAAUCAGGCGGUUUCCCAGGAGGUCAAUUCCACUUCCAAUUUUAGAAGAGUGUUUUCCACAUAUUGUAUUUAUUUAAUUCAUCCAUCUUUCGACAUCAACAGCAUAUCAGAUUGUUUCGGCCGUAUUACCCUUUCGUGCUUAAAAGCGCCACUUCGCACGGCUUUUGAGAAGUUUAGCUGGGAGAGUGCUGUGGAGCCCAAAA